AUGGCGAAGAACCUCAACUCUGUCAGCUUUACCGUCCUCUUGCUUGUCCUCUUAACGGCUUCCACCGGGAUCCUCAAGAGUGAGGCUCAAACAUGCUCCACGUUCUUAGACGAGUGCGGGCCAGCUCCGUUCCUAGGUACAAAUGCUGAUUGCUUUAAGUGUUGCAAAUACACAUACGGGAGUCCUCCAGCCUGUAAAGGGCUUGUUGAGGGAAGCGACAAACACUGCCAUUGCUACCAAAAUCCGUAA